AUGCCACGAGAAAAAGAGAAAAUAGCAGAGACAUCCCCAAUUUUGUGGAAUUUGCAUCUGAGGAACCGCAGGGCGAGGGCCUGUGUCUGGUUAAUGUUGAGGCCCAAAUUGGAGUUGGAAUUGAGCAACUGGCACAGGCACUGCGGAUGGGUCCCAACCACCGUCCGCAGCUGCGUGCAGCAGCCGCUUGACGGGCCGCUGCUCGAGUUGCCCGAGAUGCAGGGGGACAUGCUGAUUAGGACGUUGGUGCAGUCGUUGGAUUGGGCCUCAGUGCCGGCCCAUAAAAUGGUGAUGAUGAGAGUAAGGAUACCCUGGAGAAUUAAAGGAUCAGCCUCCUCUACUGGUAAUGUUGAAAUGGCCAGUUGGACUUCAUCUAGGGAGGCUAUCAUAAAGCAACCAGUGGAUGAUAUCCUUUUUGACCUUAGAGCUUGGUUGGAGGAGGGGCUGCAACAAAAUUGGCAGAAGGUGUUGUUAAGCUUUCAUGAUAAGAAGUUGGUCUCAAUAUUGUCUGCCAAGGAUCAAGGAGACUGGGAUGUCAACGUGCUAAUUUCAGAUAUCAGAGCUAUC